CACACUCAGCUGUUGUUUCACUCGGUUGUAAUAGAAAUCGAAGUGAUUACUUCGACGUAGUCAUUCGAAGUUCUGAAAUGAUCCAGUUUCAUUUUAGUGAUUCGUGAUCGGUGGACGGUACGGUAUACUACGUUAUAAGAUUUUUAUUGUUCUGAAAAGCGCAAACAAUGAGGCUUUUCAUCGUGCUUUGCUUGAGUGUCGUUUUUGUGGAUGCCGUAAGUCGGACAAUAUUUCAAGCUUCCUACUUUGGUAAUUUAGGAAUUGUCAAUAAAUUGAUUGCUAGUGGUGUGGACGUGAACAGCGUAAACGCUGAUGGAGAAACUGGACUUUAUCUCGCCGUUCGAAUGGACCACCCCAAUAUAGUCGAUGUGUUGGCAAGCAAUGGAGCUGAUGUGAACAAAGAAGUCAACGGAUUCAAUAUGGUUUUAUUGGCUGCUGUUAAAGGACAUGACAGAGUUAUCAAAGUUUUGGCACGGCACAAUGCGAGUCUUGAUGUACGAGAUUAUUCUGGCUUAUCAGCGUUACAUGCUGCAGCGUCUCUUGGACAUUCAAAAUGCGCCGAAGUUUUAAUUGACAAUGGAGCGCAAAUCAACGCAAGGGAUCGAUUGGGAAAGACGCCACUACACUGUGCCGCAUUUUUAGGCAGAGAGAAAACAGUAAAAGCUCUCAUUGAAAAAGGAGCUGAUAUUUUUGCUAAAGAUAACAAGGGACGAACACCACGUGAUUAUGCUCGUUACAGUAAGGUCAUCGCCAUAUUUGACAACGCAAUUAAAAAACAGAAGGAGAAGGCCAAUAAACUACGUCGUAAUUCAUGGCGAGUACAAACGAAUCGUUUUGUAUUGAUUUCGAAUUAUGAUUUGGAGCUUCUACCAAAAAAUUGAUUAGUCAUAAUAAUUAAACUC